AUGUCAGCUUCCAAGAUUGUCCCGAUCCUCACAGCUCCCCUCCGCCUCGCGCUAUUUGACCCGAGAGCAACAUCUAUCCUCCUCGCCGCAGCUCUCUACUAUCCCGACAAACUGCACAGUCUCCUUCCCUCAGCUUUACACCCAUUAGUUUUCUCACCCUCGUUCAUCAAUGCACUCUCUGCUCUCCUUGGCCUGGGCGUCGUGCGCAGCCUCAACAAUCGCCUCUCGCAGUAUCUAUCCAAUAACUGGAAAGCGGACGCCAAGUUCGUGAAGAGCCAGGAGGUUGUCUUGAUCACUGGGGGCGCGAGCGGGAUCGGGGAAUUGAUGGCGAAGGACUUUGCGGGACGGGGAGUUAAGGUUGUGGUCUUGGAUUUGAGGGGACCGAAGGUUGCAUUCCCUCCUGGCAUUCAUUUCUACGAAUGCGAUGUCACGAAGCCGGAACAAAUUGCGUCUACAGCCGCCGAAAUCCGUAAGAGCCAUGGCGAUCCGACGGUACUGAUCAACAAUGCUGGAAUUGGUACCGGACAUUCGAUCUUGGAUGAAACCGAGGAGAGGAUUAGGUUGACGUUUGAGGUUAAUACUAUUGCGCACUUCUGGAUGGUGAGGGAGUUUAUCCCGGCGAUGGUGAAGAAGAAUCAUGGGCACGUGGUUACGAUUGCGAGCAUGGCUAGCUACCUGGUGCACGCGCAAAAUGUCGACUAUUCCUGUUCCAAAGCAUCUGCGCUCGCUUUCCACGAAGGUCUCGCAUCCGAGCUUCGUUCUCGCUACAACGCUCCUAACAUCCGUACCACCGUUGUAAACCCAGCCUGGAUCCGCACCCCGCUCAUCGAAAAACUAACCUCGAACCGCGACUUCAAAGACCCCGUUCUCGAGGCCGAGACGGUAUCCAGCAAAAUCGUCGCCCAGGUCCUGAAGGGGAGAAGUGGCCAGCUGAUCUUACCCGAGAACCUGACUCCCGCGAGCACGAUCCGUGGGUGGCCAGCAUGGUUGCAGAUUUCGCUGCGGAACAGGCUUGCGGAUAGUCUGAAGAGUGAUACCUUCACAGGGUUGCAGUAG